AUGACCAUCACCUAUCACGUCGCACUUCUCUCCAACUCGGCUUGCUUUCCGAGUUCCUGUGCCAGUGGUCCAGUCAAGCCUGGGAAAUUAUUUGACUUGGGGACUCCCGAGAUUAGGAGCUGGAGUCAAUUCGUGCAGCAGAUCCACCCGGUACGUUCUUCAGGCCGGGCAAAGUCCGGUGCGGAGGAUCCAACAGCGGAUCGCCUCGGACUUGAUGCGAAUGCGGAGAACCACAUCCUGGCCUCUUAA